GGGCUUGGCUGGCAGACAGGGUCCCUGGUCCUCCACCGGUUCCCUCUCCCUAUGGACACAUAUAAGACCCUGGUCACACCUGGGAGGAGAGGAGAGGAGAGCACCUGCAGCAGGAUGGACGUGGGCAGCAAAGAGGUCUUGAUGGAGAGCCCGCCGGACUACUCUGCAGCCCCCCAGGGCCGGAUCCGCAUCCCCUGCUGCCCUGUGAACAUCAAACGCCUUCUCAUCGUGGUCGUGGUGGUGGUCCUUGUCGUUGUGGUGAUUGUAGGGGCCCUGCUCAUGGGACUCCACAUGAGCCAGAAACACACUGAGAUGGUCCUAGAGAUGAGCAUCGGGGCACCAGAAGCCAAGCAACACCUGGCCCUGAGUAAGCAUGCGGGUACCAUUGCCACCUUCUCCAUCGGCGCCACUGGCCUUGUAGUGUACGACUACCAGAGGCUCCUGAUCGCCUAUAAGCCGGCCCCAGGAACCUGCUGCUACAUCAUGAAGAUGGCUCCGGAGAGCAUACCCAGUCUUGAGGCUCUCACUAGAAAAUUCCAGAGCUUCCAGGCCAAGCCUGCAGUGCCCACCUCUAAGCUGGGCCAGGAGGAGGGGCGGGACGCAGACCCUUCGUCCCCUGGAGGAGACCUGGCCUUCCUGGGCAUUGCUGUGCGCACCCUGUGUGGCGAGGUGCCUCUCUAUUACACCUAGGACUCCUCAGGGUCUUGGAAGCCCCAGGGGACAGGAAAGAUCCCCCAGCAAAGGGUCUUUUGCAGACGGGCAGGAAGCUGCUCCUGUCCACCCCGCGGGGACUGGCCCUGGAGAAACGGGAGCUCGGGCGAGGAUGGGAGCGGGCAGAGGUGGCUCCUGUGGGCCAGGGGACUCCCGCCACAAAAUAAAGCAGCCUGAUUGAAAAA